GUGGAAGAUCGCAGCAACGAUCUUUACAAAAUCAUCCCCAGCUUGCGUUUUGAGACCACAUAUUCUACUGCCCAACAACUUGGGAGAUGUCGUCAACACUACUCAACCGCCAAAGCGACUUGUGGAACGCGGAAAGAGAACACCAGCACGAAGUUACGGGGGAAGCAGUUCAACUCCACUAUGAGCGUGCGAGAGACCUUUGUCGAAGAAGUGGCUUGACGGUGCACGACAUCCUUCACCUCUCGCCUAACUUCUGGCGCUUUCACUUCGAUAGUACGUUACCUCAACCGCGAAAGAUGAAUCGAAGCUGAGUUCCUUUAGUGAUCGCUGCUCGAGAUAUGACCGCGUUCGUGAUCGCAACGAUUCAUUUGAACCUCUGCAUCGGGACAAUCGGCCGUUUCGCAGACGAGCGACCCGACUUGGCAGCUCUACUCGACGAUCUGCGACAGUUCAAAGUUUGCGGUGAGUUUAUGUUGACAGAAAUUGAGCACGGCCUUGAUGCCAGAAACCUGGACACGACGGCGACGAUGCUCGAUGAUGGGUCUUUCGUGCUGCACACGCCGGCCCUCGGCGCCGCCAAAGCGAUGCCGCCAACCACCCCGUUGGCUGGGAUCGCUCGUGCAGCAGUGGUUUUUGCGCGCCUUCUGGUCGGGGGUGAGAGCCGGGGUGUCAAACCCUUUGUCGUUCCCAUCAACGACUCGACCCGGAUGCGUCCCGGGAUCGUGUCAAGGGUCUUGCCGGUCCGACCCGGCACGAAACCAUUGGACCAUUCCAUCACGACGUUCAGCAACGUUCAGCUUCCUGCAAGCGCGCUGCUCGGUUCGUCUGCAAGAGCCGAAGACGAGCGGGCGGAGUUUCUGGACCAGAUCUGGCGAGUGUCCGUGGGAACAUUGUCAUUGUCCAUCAUGGGCGUCUCCGCCUUGAAGGUGGCCGCGUGCAUCACGGCCGUGUACAGCGAGCGUAGGAAGGUUGGGGCCGGAAAGCACGGGAAAGUGGUGCCUAUCAUGAGCUUUAGCACGCAGCAGCGCCCCAUACUCAAGGCGCUGGCCUUCGGAGAGGUCCUUCAUGCUUAUGCCCAAUGGACCGUCCGGGAAUUCACGAACCCCGACACCACCGCCGACGUCCGUAGAGGUCUUGCCACCGCCUUCAAAGCACUCGUGGUUCGCUCAUCUCGUUUGCUCGUCGAGCUGGCCGAACGAUGCGGAUGGCAGGGCCUGUAUGCCUACAACCAGAUCAAUGAGCUGGGAUCUACGUUUCAGGGAAAUUCAGUCGCCGAGGGUGAUACGCUGGUCAUCAGCAUUCGUAUGGGUUGUAUGAUGCCCUAAGCUUCACUCACUAACUUGUGGGGCAGGCCUAGCGUCGGAGCUUCUAGCACAGAAAUACUCCCUGCCUCAGCCGGGCGAUCGAACAAGUCCUCUGGCCAUGUACGAGAGGGGAGUUUUCGAUGAGAUGGCAGCGAGAGCGGCCACUACGUCGAGCGGCCAUAGAAGCGAAGAAUUUAAUGCGGCGAUCCUUCCUCGCUGCCGAACCAUGGUGGAAGCUAUCGGACAACGCUUAGCCUACGAGGCAGCACUGCGUUCCGGCAACGUGGUUCCGGAAGUGCUCAAUCUCUUCGAGAAAUGUUGUGUCCAGGAAGACGCCAGUUGGCACGUCGAGCAUCGCAAUGACAGCCGGGCACGGAUCUGGCAGCAGAGGAGAGGGCGUUUACUAAUUUGA